AGAGGGCGCCAAAGACCAGCAUCAGUUUCGCUUUCGUUUCCGUUUAAAUGCCCCAAACCAUCGGCUAAACUCAGGAAAAACGAAAACGACUUACUGUCGUUGACGGCAUCUACGAACAUGAACAUCGUCUCUAGACACAUAUUCACCGUUAUCUGCAAACAUGAGGGCUGCACGGACUAUGGUAAAGUCGAGAGGGAUUUGCGGCAGAGUAUCACGGUGGCGGAUCAGGUUCUGUCUCAGGUGCUCGAUGAUCACCAGAGGUUUGUUAUAGUUCAGGAUGAAGACUCGAAUCCCAGAAGCUCCAUACCAGAUAGCGACAGUCUGAUCUUAGCCAAAACAUCACUGCGACUGUGUAAACAUGACAAUUGUUCCGGGUGUGAAGACCUACACCUGUGCAGGUACUUUGUGUGUGGAAAUUGCAGAUUUGGGACAAAAUGCAAAAAUUCCCAUGACUUGACAUCAACGCAUAAUUCUGACCUCCUGGAGAAACAUGAUCUUUAUGGCCUUGCGCAUGGAGAGUUGUUUCAACUUCUGCUUCAGAACGACCCCUCGUUACUUCCAGAGGUGUGCUCCCACUACAACAAGGGAAAUGGCGAAUACGGCAGCUGUAAAUAUAAGACAUCCUGUACCAACCUGCACAUCUGCCUGCACUUCCUGCAGGACGACUGUAAGUUUGGAGCAGCUUGCAAAAGGGCCCACUGCUUCGAUGCAAAUGCUCAGAAAAUCCUGAACACCCGAGGACUCGGUCCAGAAAACAUGCGAAAACUCCACAGGCUUUACAAGAUCAAGUUACUGAUUGCUUCAGCUUUCAAGAAGAGUGAGACAGUAGCUCUACCUGCAGUGAAAGGACGCACCAGACACAAAUCAAGUAGCUCCGUCAGUGAAGCGGAUCACAAUGAAAUCUGUCUCUUUUUCAUACGCACUGGAUGUAGUUUCAAAGACAAGUGUGCCCGUUUUCACCACCAUCUACCCUAUAAAUGGCAGAUAUUACUCCAGCAAAAUCUGAAGUACAAAACUGAAAGAGACGUUAGAAGGAGACCACGUUUUGUUUCUGCCCAAGAUGUCAAGAGCAAAAUCAAGGGAAGUGAGUCUCCAGACAGCUCAGCAUCUUCUUCUGUGGAAGUUCCACCUUACUGGGACAAAGGAGCUCUUGAUAACUUCACCUACAAGACUGUUCCUCUACAAAGCUCUUCCAAUGAAUACCAAAGGGUGAGCUCAAUGUUUAGUAGAACACUGCCCAGAAGCAUCAUUCACAGCCUUGAAAGAGUGCAGAAUCUCUCUCUCUGGAGGGUCUUUCAGUGGCAAAAAGAACAGAUGAAUAAGAGAAAUGGAGGGAGUGCAGUUGACCAGCGUUACCUUUUCCAUGGUACAGAUGAGUCUCUCAUAGCAGCAAUUUGUGAGCAAAACUUUGACUGGAGGAUCUGUGGAAGUCACGGGACACUUUAUGGGAAAGGCAGCUAUUUUGCCAGAGAUGCUUCAUACUCUGACAGAUAUGCAAAAUCCAGGAACGGCAAGACCAAGAAGAUGUUCGUGGCACUGGUGCUGGUGGGAAACUUCACAAGGGGUAACAAUACUUUAGUCCAUCCUCCACAGAAACCCAACACUCAAAGCUUUUAUGACAGCUGUGUUGACAAUGAGACUAACCCAGCCAUUUUUGUUGUGUUUGAGAAAUUCCAGAUCUAUCCUGAGUACAUUAUUGAAUACUCUUAAUUUGUAUAGUAAAGGUCUCCUUGUCUACAUAUUUCUUGAAAGUCCUGUUACACAGACGAUUUAUGUUAACAUCACUGAACAUAACCAAAAUCUACAACUCUUGGGCAUCUUCUAAGUAAAAUUUGUAGGGAUUACGUAAUGGGUAACUGUGUUUUAUCAUAAUUAAUUUUACUAAUAAAUUCUCUGUGACACUCCACUGUGUAGUUAAAAUGGUAAAUACAAAAUAGCAGGAUUUUAUGUAGAGGUCUUUAUGUAUUAACUGCAGUGAUUGUAUUUCCUUGUUGGCUAUGGCACUGAAAAAAAAAGAGUUUUAAGAAAUUCCUAAUCAACUGUAUAGCCAAAAGCUUACCACUAACUAUCAAUCAAUAAAUAAUACAUUUUAUUGCACUAGAUAAAAACACAGUAUGAAAAGUAAAUGAUUUAGUUACAGUUGUAUGAAUACUGAGCAUUACUCGUGCCCAUUUAGAUUUUUAUGUAAUUCAUGUUGUUGAAUGAGGUGGAUGGAAUUAAAGUACUGAUACUGUUACAAACUAUUAUUUUCAUUAUUGUAAAAAAAGAAAAUAAAUUCUCAAAUAAAUAAACAGA